UUAUUCCAUCAAAGACAUCUCUGUGGGUGGGAUGUGUAUCUGCUAUGGACAUGCUCAGAGCUGCCCACUUGACCCUGUUAGCAAGAAGUUUCAUUGUGUAUGUGAGCACAAUACUUGUGGAGAAAGCUGUAACGAAUGUUGCCCAGGUUACCAUCAGCAGCCAUGGCAACCAGGGACCAUCUCCGAUGGAAACACGUGUGAAAAAUGUAACUGUCACAAUAAAGCAGACGACUGUUACUACAAUCAAACCAUCUCUGAACUCUCUUUGAGUUUAAACACUCACGGCGUUCGUCAGGGAGGUGGAGUUUGUUUUAACUGUCAGCAAAACACAGCCGGCAUCAACUGUGAGACCUGCAAAGAUGGAUACUACAGACCUGCUGAGGUUUCUCCAUAUUCUGACUUUCCAUGUGUUGAAUGUAAAUGUGACCUGAGAGGCUCAAAGUCUUCAGUCUGCGCCAGAGACAACACACAGCCAGGUUUGCUUGCAGGUCAGUGCAUGUGUAAGGAGGGGUUUGCAGGUCAACAGUGUGACCGUUGUGCGUUUGGAUACAGAGAUUUUCCUCAGUGUGUUCGCUGUGAGUGUAGCCUGUCAGGCAGCAUCAACACUGACCCAUGCAGCCCCUGCAUCUGCAAG